AUGGACCAAUCCCCUAUCAGUUUUAAGGACCAAGGGAAGCAUUCAGUCACCGUUGAGUGCUCAGUGCAUUUUGAUGUUGAGAACGUAUCUUUGAAUGCUGACAACGGACCUCCCUUUGGGCUUGAGGGGGAGUAUGAUGCCCUGAAACAAGCGCCAAAGAAGAGUCAGAUUGUAGAAAUUGAUGAUCAUACACCUCAUCCUGAUCCACCUGAUCCCCAGGAUAUUAAUAACCAAAUCUACCCUCAGGAUCAAGAUGAAGCUGAUCCUGACCCCAUCCAAGCGGCCCCAGCUCCUCCACCCCCACCUAUAGCUGCUCCACAUCAAAGCACCUGCAUUCAUCAGCCAACUCAAUAUGUUCAUGAUCUCCUACAAGGGAAAGGAUCAAUAUCUGGAAAUAACCAAGCACCCACUUUGCCCAGAGGCAUCCAAGUAACUAUUGACAAUCUGAAUAGAAGUGAUGAGGAAGAGCGAGAUGAUGAAACACUAAGAGAUCUGGCCCAAAACAUAGCCAUGGUGGCACGUAUGGCAGACCUUCAUGGUGUGGAGCCAAGGACUGUUGAAGAAGCCCGCAAACGUCCAGAUUGGGAUAAAUGGGAUCAAGCUAUCCAGGAAGAGUUGGCGAGGCUCAAUAAGGCAGGAACCUGGACAUACGCUGUUACGAUAACACAUUUUCGGACCUUUGAUUUUCAUUCUCCUCUUUAA